CGCGGUGGCGCAUGAGAAAACGUACUUGACGUUGAUGGCGAUGAGGCAGGGGGAGAAGGAAUCAUUGAGGAAGUAUGUCGCUCGAUAUAACCAGACAUGUUUGGAGGUGCAUUCGGCUUCACAUGAGCUGAAGGCGGGAGGAUUGAUAAGAAGUCUUCUAGCAGGUCCUUGCCGAACUUCCUUGGCAAAGACCCCUGCUCGAUCAUAUGAGGAGGUCUUGAAGCGGUGCAGGAAGUAUAUUAAUCUGGAAGAAAUUGAGGUAGAAUUCGCGAAGCUGGAAGGGCCGGCUCGACCAGAGCCAAAAAGGGAGCAAAGCCCACCAAGAGGGAGGUCGCCGAGAAGGAGUUCGCCCAAAAGAAGUGGGUCGAAAAAGAUAUCACCCAGGAGGGAAGGUCGGGAUUCGAAGCGAGAAAAAAGGGAUAAGAUGUGGCAGGGAAGGCCGUUGUUGUUCGAAAGACAGAGGUAUCAUAAUUUUACACCCUUGAGGAAAGAUUUGACGGAGCUACUCGAGGCCAUGGAGCAGAAGAUGUCGAUCGAGGGUGUAACGUGGCCGAAGACAAGGUUCACAGGCCCAACUCGGCCCAGAUCGGAUAUAUAUUGUCGAUUUCAUCGAGAUUUCGGCCAUAACACGGAGAACUGCAGGCAUUUGAAGGAUGAGAUUGAAAGGUUGAUUCGAGCAGGACAUUUGAAGGAGUUCGUGUAUCACGAUAGGGUGAAAGGGAAAGGAAGGAGAAGGUGUAGGGAGGACUCGGAGGAAAGGAGUGAUAGAGAUGAGGAGGGAGAUAGCGGAGAUGGUCGAGAUGGUCGAGGAAAUAAGCCAAGGAAAGAUGGCGAUAAGGGAGGGCAUGGAGGAGAAGCCCCGAUGAAGAGAGGGACGAUUUACAUGAUAUCCGGUGGGCCAAUGGAUGGUGACUUGAAUAGGGCCAGGAAGGAGCAUGCUCGAGUUGUGAAGAGGAAGAGAGAGGAGGUGGGGAUUACGACUCGCAUGUCGGUGAUAAGUUUUAAGGCGGAGGAUGCCGAAGGGGUGGUCCUGCCGCACAACGAUGCUUUGGUGAUAACCGCGGAGGUUGCAGGCUUCGAUGUGAAAAGGGUGUUUAUUGAUACUGGGAGUUCGGUGGACGUGAUGUUCUAUGACUGUUUUGUACAAAUUAACAAGGAGUUGAAUACGGAGUUGAAACCGGUGACCACGGCACUCUAUGACUUUAACGGAGGAGAUGUGAUGCCCAUGGGCGAGGUGAGUUUGCCAGUGGCGCUGGGAGUGGGAGAGCUGAGGAAAGUGCGCAUGGUGAGGUUU